AUGAUUAUCACCUUAUCCGUUCUGUUUCUGCUCGGAGCUCUGACAGGGGUAGAGUCGGACAAAGCCGGACAAAGACUGAUGAAGGGACGUUUCAAAGGGUUAAAGUUUGGAGGGACUGCUAAGGACUACAUUCUCUUCAAACCAAGGAUGGAACCUCUGGAGGAAUCAUACACUCUGUGUGCGUGGGUGAAGAAGGGACGACGGAUACGUGGUGAUAGGACAGCACUCUCGUACGUUGAACAUUCUUUUGGUGGAGAGCUCUUUAAAUUUAACGUAUUCGACAAAGAACUAGAUGCUUCUGCAGUAAAGGAGAUGGCAGACGGAGGCCUUUGCUCUGAAGUUGAAGAGAAGUAUGGUAGAAGUAGGUAUUUGAAGUGGGAGGACCUGCUUCUUGAAGAAAAGUCAGGAAAUGUUGCUGAGAUCGACGUAGGCUGCACCCCGGAACUGAAGGAAGAAGGUAAAGAAGAUAAAGAAGAAGAUAAAGAAGAAGAUAAAGAAGAUAAAGAAGAAAAAGAAGAAGCCAGCAUAUCUGAGGACUGUGAAUGUGAGAACGGAACAACGCUGAGCCGCUGGGAUCUGCUGCGAGAAGACAAAUUCUUCAACAAGACUGUCACGGUGGAGUUGGUGGAGGAACUGAAAGAAACAUGGGAUAUUCUUGGAGAUUUUGCGGGGGCGACGGUGACCUAGCGGUUUAUUUCCCACUUCAAGUUCUUCCAUGACGGGAAGACGUGCGACAAGAAAUAAAUCUUGUUUACAGUUCAACAAACUGUUUAUUAUUUUA